AUGCAGGGAUUACAACACAAUUCCAUACAUGCCUACUUGUCACAUGUGCGCGCUCUAUACAAAACAGCCAACUUCAAGGACAAACAUACCAAUAGCUACCAACUUACACACCUAAUCAAAGCCAUCACGAGGUACAUGGCCAUCAAUGGCAAGUUAACACAGCGACGAUUACGCAAACCCAUCCCCUCAGUAAUGCAAGACACGGGCAAACCGUACAGCAAACCCCAGUUCAAGAUAGACAUGCAGGAGGCAUUUCAGGUGGCACACACCAACAUGCAUGGGUAUCGAGGCCACAGCUAUCGCAUUGGUGGUCUGACGGCUCUAAAAGAGGCUGGAGCCGAGCACGACGAGAUAGCGGCGGCCACCGAAUGGAAGUCCAGAGCGUACAUGGGAUACUGGUUUAAAACACCCGCAGAAAAAGCGGGCGUUAUGGCCCGUAUGGCGUCCUAA